AUGUCGCCAUCAAUAUCUCAUAUCUCCAGUCAACUUCGGCAGCUAAUAUAUUACCAUCUCGACAACAACCUGGCCCGCAACGCGCUAUUCCUUGCCGGUCGCUUGCAUGCCUACGAACCUCGAACAGCAGAAGCCUCCUACCUACUCGCUCUUUGUCACCUUCAGAAUGGUCAGGUAAAGGCCGCCUAUGAUUACAGCAGGAAUUUUGGGUCGCGCGGUACCCACCUUGGCUGCUCCUAUGUUUACGCGCAAGCGUGUUUGGACCUCGGGAAAUACUUGGACGGAGUCACGGCGCUGGAGCGAAGUAAGAGUCUUUGGAGUUCUAAAAAUCACUGGAGCAAACACAGUGAAACGCGGAGACAACACUUGCCAGACGCGGCUGCCGUGCUGUGUCUCUUAGGCAAGCUAUGGCAUGCGCACAAGGAUUUCAACAAAGCAGUAGAAUGCUACGUUGAAUCUCUAAAGCUGAAUCCAUUCAUGUGGGAUGCUUUCCAGGGCUUGUGCGAGACGGGGGUCAAUGUGAGAGUAUCAAACAUCUACAAAUUGAACCCUGAGCUGCUCGCGGUAUUAUCAACGUCAACACCGGAGGAAGUUGAUCCCAUUCCCGAUAAGGCGGUAUCUACAAACGGACCCCUGCAGUCCCAGCCGAACAUCAACCCGAGCUCAGACCCUUUUGCAUCCACAACGUCUCGGAGUGAUUCAGGUACCAGCCAUGGGAGCUCUGCCUUGUGGGAGAAACUAAACGGAAGCACAGUGAGCGUGGCGUCUUCGGGAGCACAACAACCGGUCGUUCAUGAAGGAACAGAGACACCCAGCGGUCCCAGUAGCGGAUCAGACGAAAUCCGUCUGGCCAAUGGAAUCAAUGGCGUGGAUGCUGCAUGGGAGCCCCCCUUGGCUCCUGCGAGGAAAAACAGGACGAUAGGCGGCGACUAUCCUAUGGAUCCUCCACCGAAGAUGAAACCCACAGGGAUUCGCCCCAGAACAAGAACCAGAGCCGAGCCCGAAGAGCACAUUCCGGGGCAAACGGAGCGCGAGGCCGCGAUCGGAUCGAGGGUGGGGGAUCGUAAGCGAACUGUCUCUGGGCAGGUCGCACACUCUUCCACUGCGCACCCCGUAGAGCCAGGGGCUCCUCAACGGCGAAGUGUACGGCUCUUCAACCAGAUUAAGCCCACCACCAGCAAACUCUCAGGGACAGCGUUGGGUAUCAAAGAUGGCCGGGAGCUGAAGAAGGUGAAGGCCACGGGUGCUAAGGGCCGAACAACAUCGACAACGGUGGGUCGUGUCGUAAGCAGCAGCCGGAGACACGCCAGCGAAAAUCACGACGGCGAUGGCAAAGAAAGUCGAUCUGUGUCCUCGGCGCAUACGCACGCCGUCUCGAAGGGAACUGCGUUGGAGAAGUCCAAAGAGGUUGAAGCCCUGACUUGGCUGCUGGAGCUUUUUUCCAAACUUGCUUCUGGUUACUUUGCCUUGAACCGCUAUAGGUGCCAAGAAGCUAUCCAGAUUUUCAACUCUCUUUCGCAAGGUCAGCGGGAAACCCCUUGGGUUCUCGCUCAGAUUGGACGGGCAUAUUACGAGCAAGCAAUGUAUUCCGAAGCCGAGAAAUACUUCUACCGGGUGAAGACGAUAGCGCCAUCACGAUUGGAAGACAUGGAGAUUUACUCGACCGUCCUAUGGCAUCUCAAGAACGACGUCGAACUAGCCUACUUGGCGCACGAGUUGAUGGAGAUUGAUCGUUUGUCACCACAGGCGUGGUGCGCGAUUGGCAAUUCGUUCUCCCACCAACGAGACCAUGACCAGGCUUUGAAGUGUUUCAAGCGAGCCACGCAGCUGGAUCCUCAAUUUGCCUACGGGUUCACUUUGCAAGGACACGAGUAUGUUGCCAACGAAGAAUAUGACAAGGCAUUGGAUGCAUACCGUCACGGUAUCAGCGCUGACAGUCGACACUACAAUGCCUGGUACGGGUUGGGAACCGUCUAUGACAAGAUGGGUAAACUUGACUUUGCUGAGCAACAUUUCCGCAAUGCGGCCAGCAUCAAUCCUACCAACGCUGUGCUCAUCUGCUGCAUUGGUCUGGUACUGGAGAAAAUGAACAAUCCCAAGGCCGCACUUGUACAAUAUGGACGGGCAUGUACCUUGGCGCCUCAUUCCGUGCUCGCGCGAUUCCGCAAGGCGCGUGUGUUGAUGAAACUGCAGGAACUCAAAUUGGCGUUGUCCGAGCUGAAGAUUCUCAAAGACAUGGCUCCCGAUGAAGCCAAUGUUCAUUAUCUCCUGGGCAAGCUUUACAAGAUGCUGCAUGAUAAGGCCAAUGCCAUCAAGCACUUUACAACUGCUUUAAAUCUGGACCCUAAGGCAGCACAGUACAUCAAAGACGCUAUGGAAUCACUCGACGAUGACGAAGAUGACGACGAAGACAUUGCUUAA